AUGUCAUCAGACAGCAAACUAUACAUUAGUGACGCUUGUGAGGCCUUCUGGCUCGAGUAUUAUCCUCAGAAGUGCCCAACAGCGAAAGAACCAUGGCUACCGGAACGAAAGCCACUCGACGGCCUGUGGCUGCCACCUCUCAAGAUUGAAAUGAAGAACUAUCUAUUAUAUGACGGUGCAACUUUCAAUCCUGGGCACAAGGCCCAUGCGGAGGUACUCAAAGUGAUCUACGACGCAGCAAAUGAGCACAUUAUACCAAGUUUUAAACUUGAAAUGAAUCUUGCCGGAUCUUUAAUCGGUUGUUCGGCCGACAAUGACCUAGAGAGGAAGGUAAUGGAGCAAAACAAAGAUAAAGAGGGCAGGCAAAUAUUUGCCUUGCCAAGCAAGGUCCGUCUCGAUCUUUGGUGUAGAGGAAUUCAACAAUUGAAACUAAGUCAUUUCGCCUAUGUGGGUGGAUUUAGUCUUUGGAGCGAUUUUUGGUUAUUUGUUGAGUUCCUGGAAACCUGGAAGGGUGGGAAAUACCGGAUUCGCUUUAUCCGGGUGGUUAAGAUUGACAGAAAGAAGGACGGUCACAGUAAAGUCUUCGAAAGGCAACAAAAUGCGCAGUUAUUUGAGCCAUUGUAUUACAAGGAUACGCCGGGAAGCGGCCAAACGUCUAAGCCUACGGAACACAUUGGCAUGGAGAUCACAAUCGCCACCAACAGCGGCGGUCAAGGGUCAUGGAUGGAUGAGAACACUUCUGAGCCGAGAAAGUUACUGGGACAUACCAACUGGGAGCCCAUCAAAAGAUAUGGUGGGAGUGAUGGGGACAGGGGUAUAUGGAGAUGCGAACGUGUGCUCAAGAGUGGGGACACGCAUAAAGUCUUUUACGUUCACGUCAAGGAAGACCCAGGCGCUGUACAAUCUGUUGACGCGUGGAGUACCCUUGCCGAUAAGAACGCCUCUCCGAAAAGCAAAUUGGAACAACUGGGAAAUGCUGGUGUCUUUGCACCAGAAAUCUUUAUGAAGAAAGCGGAAGAAAUGAGGGCGAGUAGUAAGUGA